GUUUAAACACACUAGUCGUCGUAACAAUAGGAACGCUGUGCACAGAAACACGGCAUUAUUCGGAGACGCCCGACAGAUGGCGCACCCAUGACGCGUACUCUGCUCCAUAGCCUUCCAUACAAGCUAAAACACUUGUUGAAACAAAGAAUGGAAUUGGGCACUUGCAGUUACUUUCUUUGGCUGGCCUUCUCGGCCAACAAACCCUACGCACACGUAGCUGUGACCACUAAUCCUGCGGCGAAGAAGCAGCGCUACAUCAGGAGCUUCCCUUAAUUGGUUCACUUAUCCGCGUGAUAUCUAAAGAGACAUUCAUUCUGCGUAGCGCGCAUACCUAGCGACGUCUGUCACCAUGCUUCGCGAGGCUGGCAUGGCGCCUGGACGAGCGUCGCCCCUUCACAGAACCUCCAGGAUAUACCCAGGCUAUGCUACUUGCCUAUCCCGCCUGCCAAGUCGCGUGUCCCCUGGGUGGCUCCUCAGCUCGCCAUCAUCCCACCCAUCUCCACAGCCAUCGGCAGCAGCUGCAGCUCCUGUCCCAGCACGCUUUCGCGCCUCGCGCCUGAAGUGCGGAGCGGCUGCGGCGCUCUCCUUACCCCUGCCGCCUGACCCCUCAUCAGCCCCGGCGUCCGGCGACAGUGCGGUUCCCAACCCAACAAGCAGUAGCAACAGCAAUGGCAACAGCAACGCCGCUCACAUUCCUACCAACGGCAGCAGUAACAACGACAUGGCCCACACCUCUCCCACCACCGGGACCAGCAAUAGCAGCACCAGCAGCGGCAACGCAGGGGGUACGUCCACGCAAGCGACGACCAUCUACGGGCGGCAGCGGCUCAAUGCCGACAACGGCGGCGCCCCCUCCCAGCACACCGCUAGUACCGGCGGGGGCGACGAGGGCGCCACCACCACCGCUGCCAGCAGUGCUGCCAUCGCCUCGCUGUACCCCGCAGUGCCCCAGCUGCCCACCCCGCCCAGCAGCGGCACCCUGUACGACGUCGUGCCGUACCUCCUGCGUCUAGCGCUGCAGGAGCGGCACCUGGUGUGGCGGCUGGGGGCGGCCAUGUGCUGCAUGGUGGUGGCCAAGAUGGCAGGAGUGCUGCUGCCCAUGGCCUUCAAAGACGCAGUGGACGCGCUGGCGGCUGCCGGUCUGGCCCCCCUCGCGCUGCGCGCCGCCUGCCUGGCCGCGGUGCGGUACGGCGCGCUGGAUUGCGUGCGCGUGCUGGCGAAGGAGGCGCAGUCCCCCCUGUUCGCCCCUGUCAGCCAGGCCGUCACCCGGCGAGUGGCCUACCACACCUUCGCGCACGUGCUGGGGCUGGACAGCGCCUUCCAUCUGGACCGCCGCACGGGGCGGGUGUCGCGCAUUCUGGAGAGGGGCACCCGCUCCAUCGGUGUGCUCUACCGCGCCCUCAUCUUCACCUUCCUGCCCACCGGCAUCGAGCUGUGGGCCGUGGCGGGGUUGCUGGCGGGCAGGUUCGGCCCCUCCCUGGCGCUGCUGCUGGCCGCCACCUUCGCCGCCUACGUGGGGUGGACGGUGUGGAUGACGCAGCGGGCCACGGAAGUGCGCAAGGAGGUGAACCAGCUGGACAACCUGAGCAGCAGCAAGGCGGUGGACGCGCUGCUGGCGGUGGAGACAGUCACCCUCUUCGGCAACCAGAAGCUGGAGGUGGGGUUGUACGACCGGCUGCUGCGCCGCUACCAGUCCGCCUCCCGCCGUACGGAGCUGCUGUCCGCUGGGCUGAACGCGGGGCAGGGGCUCAUCCUGGCGCUGGGGCUGGCGGCCAUACUGCAGGCCAUCAUUGCGG